AUGUCUGGACGUGGGAAGCAGGGCGGCAAGGCUCGAGCGAAAGCCAAGUCCCGUUCGUCUAGAGCGGGAUUGCAGUUCCCCGUGGGCCGCGUCCAUCGCCUUCUCCGCAAGGGCCACUAUGCUGAACGCAUCGGCGCCGGCGCCCCGGUGUACCUGGCGGCCGUGCUCGAGUACCUGACGGCCGAGAUCCUGGAGCUGGCGGGCAACGCGGCCCGCGACAACAAGAAGACGCGCAUCAUCCCGCGCCACCUGCAGCUGGCCAUCCGCAACGACGAGGAGCUCAACAAGCUGCUGGGGCGCGUGACCAUCGCGCAGGGCGGCGUCCUGCCCAACAUCCAGGCCGUGCUGCUGCCCAAGAAGACCGAGAGCCACCAUCACAAAGUCCAGGCCAAGUAA